GACACCGUCAGCCGGCGACGCCGCGAAGAAGGCGGGAGGGGGGGGGGGGCGAAAGCGGGCUCCGACCCCCGGCCGAGGGGAUGAAGGGAGCAUGGGCGCCAAGGAGUCACGGAUCGGAUUCCUCAGCUACGAGGAGGCGCUGAGGAGAGUUACAGAUGUAGAGCUGAAGCGACUCAAAGAUGCCUUCAAGAGGACCUGUGGACUCUCAUAUUACAUGAGUCAGCACUGCUUCGUCAGGGAAGUGCUCGGGGAUGGAGUGCCUCCUAAAGUUGCCGAGGUAAUUUACUGUUCUUUCGGUGGAACAUCCAAAGGGCUGCACUUCAAUAACUUAAUAGUUGGACUCGUCCUCCUUACAAGAGGCAAAGAUGAAGAGAAAGCAAAAUAUAUUUUUAGUCUUUUUUCAAGUGAAUCUGGGAGCUAUGUUGUACGGGAAGAAAUGGAAAGAAUGCUCCAUAUGGUGGAUGGUAAAGUCCCAGAUACACUCAGGAAGUGUUUCUCAGAGGGCGAAAAGGUAAACUAUGAAAAAUUUAGAAAUUGGCUUCUUCUAAACAAAGAUGCUUUUACCUUCUCUCGCUGGCUGCUGUCUGGGGGUGUAUAUGUGACCCUUACUGAUGACAGUGACACUCCUACUUUCUACCAAACUCUGGCUGGAGUCACACAUUUGGAGGAAUCAGACAUCAUUGAUCUGGAGAAACGCUAUUGGCUACUGAAGGCUCAAUCCCGUACUGGACGUUUUGACUUAGAGACCUUUGGUCCAUUGGUUUCACCACCUAUUCGCCCUUCUUUGAGUGAAGGUUUGUUUAAUGCUUUUGAUGAAAAUCGUGACAAUCAUAUAGACUUCAAGGAGAUAUCCUGUGGGUUAUCGGCCUGCUGCAGGGGCCCCCUGGCUGAAAGACAAAAAUUUUGCUUUAAGGUAUUUGAUGUUGACCGUGAUGGAGUUCUCUCCAGGGUUGAACUAAAAGACAUGGUGGUUGCACUUUUGGAGGUCUGGAAAGAUAACCGCACUGAUGAUAUUCCCGAAUUACAUACGGAUCUGUCAGACAUUGUAGAAGGCAUAUUGAAUGCACAUGAUACCACAAAGAUGGGCCAUCUUACUCUGGAAGACUAUCAGAUCUGGAGUGUGAAAAAUGUUCUUGCCAAUGAGUUUUUGAAUCUCCUCUUCCAGGUCUGUCACAUAGUUCUGGGGUUAAGACCAGCUACUCCAGAAGAAGAAGGACAAAUUAUUAGAGGAUGGUUAGAACGAGAAAGCAGAUAUGGUCUGCAGCCAGGACACAAUUGGUUUAUCAUCUCCAUGCAGUGGUGGCAACAGUGGAAAGAAUAUGUCAAAUACGAUGCCAACCCUGUUGUAAUUGAGCCAUCAUCUGUUCUAAAUGGGGGAAAAUUUUCAUUUGGAACAACUGUACAUCCUAUGGAGCAGGGUGAAGAUAGAAUCAGUAACAACUUCAGCUAUGUGAAUUCCACAGAAGAGAAAUACUCAGACAACAUUUCUUCUGCAUCUGAAGCCUCCGAGUCUACAGGCAGUGGCUUUCUGUAUUCUGCCACACCAGGGGCAGAUAUAUGCUUUGCAAGGCAACAUAAUACUUCUGACAAUAACAACCAGUGUUUGCUAGGAGCCAAUGGGAAUAUCCUUUUGCACCUUAAUCCUCAGAAGCCAGGAGCUAUUGAUAACCAGCCACUAGUAACUCAAGAACCAGUAAAGGCUACAUCAUUAACACUAGAAGGAGGACGAUUAAAACGAACCCCACAGCUAAUCCAUGGAAGAGAUUACGAAAUGGUCCCAGAACCGGUGUGGAGAGCACUUUAUCAUUGGUAUGGAGCAAACCUGGCCCUCCCUAGACCAGUAAUCAAGAAUAGCAAGACGGACAUCCCAGAACUCGAAUUAUUUCCUCGCUAUCUUCUCUUCCUUCGGCAACAGCCUGCCACACGGACACAGCAGUCUAACAUCUGGGUGAAUAUGGGAAAUGUUCCCUCUCCAAAUGCUCCUCUAAAGCGGGUGUUAGCCUAUACAGGCUGUUUUAGUAGAAUGCAAACCAUCAAGGAAAUUCAUGAAUAUCUGUCUCAAAGGCUUCGCAUCAAGGAGGAAGAUAUGCGGCUGUGGCUGUACAAUAGUGAGAACUACCUGACUCUUCUGGAUGACGAGGAUCAUAGGCUGGAAUAUUUGAAAAUCCAGGAUGAGCAGCACCUGGUAAUCGAAGUUCGCAACAAAGAUAUGAGCUGGCCUGAAGAAAUGUCCUUUAUAGCAAACAGUAGCAAAAUAGAUAGACAUAAAGUUCCCACAGAAAAAGGAGCCACCGGUCUGAGUAACCUGGGAAACACAUGCUUCAUGAACUCAAGCAUCCAGUGUGUUAGUAACACACAACCACUGACACAGUACUUCAUCUCAGGGAGACAUCUUUAUGAACUCAACAGGACAAAUCCCAUUGGUAUGAAAGGCCAUAUGGCUAAAUGCUAUGGUGAUUUGGUGCAGGAACUUUGGAGUGGAACUCAGAAGAAUGUUGCCCCAUUAAAGCUUCGGUGGACCAUAGCAAAAUAUGCUCCCAGGUUUAAUGGUUUCCAGCAACAAGACUCUCAAGAACUUCUGGCUUUCCUCUUGGAUGGUCUUCAUGAAGAUCUCAACCGAGUCCACGAGAAGCCAUAUGUGGAACUAAAAGACAGUGAUGGCCGACCUGACUGGGAAGUAGCUGCAGAGGCUUGGGACAACCAUCUAAGAAGAAAUAGGUCAAUUGUUGUGGACUUAUUCCACGGUCAACUAAGAUCCCAAGUUAAAUGCAAGACAUGUGGGCAUAUAAGUGUUCGAUUUGACCCCUUUAAUUUUUUGUCUUUACCACUACCAAUGGACAGUUAUAUGCAUUUAGAAAUAACAGUUAUUAAAUUAGAUGGUACAACCCCUAUACGAUAUGGACUAAGACUAAAUAUGGAUGAAAAGUACACAGGUUUGAAAAAGCAGCUGAGUGAUCUCUGUGGUCUUAAAUCAGAACAAAUCCUUCUUGCAGAAGUGCAUAGUUCCAACAUAAAGAAUUUCCCUCAGGACAACCAAAAAGUUCGACUCUCAGUGAGUGGAUUUUUGUGUGCAUUUGAAAUUCCCAUUCCUACAUCUCCAGUUUCAGCUUGUAGUCCAAUACAGACAGAUUGCUCCUCUUCUCCAUCUACAAAUGGACUGUUCACCCUGACUACAAAUGGGGACCUGCCUCGACCUAUAUUCAUCCCCAAUGGAAUGCCAAAUACUGUUGUGCCGUGUGGAACUGAGAAAAAUGUGACAAAUGGAAUGGCAAAUGGUCAUAUGCCACCUCUUCCUGAUGACCCCUCUACAGGCUACAUCAUUGCAGUCCACCGAAAAAUGAUGAGGACAGAACUGUAUUUCCUGUCAUCUCAGAAGAAUCGCCCCAGUCUCUUUGGAAUGCCACUGAUUGUUCCAUGUACUGUGCACACCCGGAAAAAAGAUCUCUAUGAUGCAGUUUGGAUUCAAGUAUCUCGAUUGGCCAGUCCGCUCCCACCUCAGGAAGCUAGUAACCAUGCACAGGAUUGUGAUGACAGCAUGGGCUAUCAAUAUCCAUUCACUCUCCGAGUUGUGCAGAAAGAUGGAAACUCCUGUGCCUGGUGCCCGUGGUAUAGAUUUUGCAGAGGCUGUAAAAUUGAUUGUGGAGAAGACAGAGCUCUCAUUGGAAAUGCCUGCAUUGCUGUGGAUUGGGAUCCUACAGCCCUUCACCUCCGCUAUCAAACAUCACAGGAAAGAGUUGUGGAGGAGCAUGAAAGCGUGGAGCUUAGUCGGCGAGCACAGGCUGAGCCCAUCAACCUGGACAGCUGUCUCCGUGCCUUCACCAGUGAGGAGGAGCUGGGGGAAAAUGAGAUGUACUACUGCUCCAAAUGUAAAACUCACUGUUUAGCAACCAAGAAGCUGGACCUCUGGAGGCUUCCUCCAAUCCUGAUUAUUCACCUUAAACGAUUUCAGUUUGUGAACGGACGGUGGAUAAAAUCACAAAAAAUUGUUAAAUUUCCUCGUGAAAGUUUUGACCCUAGUGCUUUUUUAGUACCAAGAGACCCAGCUCUUUGCCACCAUAAACCUCUCACACCCCAAGGGGAUGACAUCUCUGAGCUAAGAAUUUCAGCAGGAGAUGUGAAGAAAAUGGAAGUCCAGAGCUCAGCAGGGGAGGAGGAUGUGCUCCUGACCAAGAGCCCAUCUUCACUCAGUGCAAACAUCAGCAGUAGCCCAAAAGGUUCACCUUCUUCAUCAAGAAAAAGUGGAGCCAGCUGUCCCUCCAGCAAAAAUAGCAGCCCUAACAGCAGCCCACGGACUUUGGGGAGGAGCAAAGGAAGGCUUCGGCUGCCUCAAAUUGGCAGCAAAAAUAAGUUGUCCAAUAGUAAGGAGAAUUUGGAUGCCAGCAAAGAGAAUGGGGCUGGGCAUAUCUGUGAACUGGCUGACACCCUGAGCCGAGGACAUGUGCUGGGAGGCAGCCAGCCCGAGCUGGUCACCCCUCUGGACCAUGAGAUGACUUUGGCUAAUGGAUUCCUUUAUGAACAUGAGGCGUGUGGCAAUGGCUGUAGCAACGGGCAGCUUGGAAACCAUAGUGAAGAAGACAGCGCCGAUGACCAAAGAGAAGACACUCAUAGUAAACCUAUUUAUAAUCUAUAUGCAAUUUCGUGCCAUUCAGGAAUUCUGGGUGGGGGCCAUUACGUCACUUAUGCCAAAAACCCAAACUGCAAGUGGUACUGUUACAAUGACAGCAGCUGUAAGGAACUGCCCCCUGAGGAAGUCGACACCGACUCUGCCUACAUUCUCUUCUAUGAGCAGCAGGGGAUAGACUGCGCACACUUCCUGCCCAAGAUCCAUGGCAAGACGAUGGCAGACACAAGCAGCAUGGAUGAAGACUUUGAAUCCGAUUACAAGAAGUACUGCGUGCUACAGUGA